UACUUGCCUCGGCCCAGCGUUCAGCUAUCACCGAGAGCGUGUCGCUGUGGGAGACGGUCCUGUCCCUGCACUCCCUGGAUCUGUUCAGCUGUCUGUCUGUGGACGAUCUGAAGCAAGAGUAUCUGCGAUCGUUGCUGAAUAACGAAGAAUUCGAUCCAGGCGCGCGAUCUUAUUAACGCUCCUCCGCAGUUUAUCGACGAAGCGGUUGUCCGGGACAUCGUGUGCCAGUGCGUCAGCGAGCUGUUUGACAAUGCCGAGUCUGGCAACAUGGACGGGGGACUGAUGAGGGCAGCCCAGCAGUGCCUCGAUGUCUUACCUGCACGGUGGCAGGACGAUCCGGCUGUGCAGCACGAGCGGCAGCUGAUUGAUGCUGCGCACCUUACAUGGACACUGCAGCAGUCAGGGUCGUCGAUUUUCAACCGCGGGCGCGGCGCUGACUCUGGUGUGCUGCCUAUUGAAAUCCGGCUCGCAGCAGAUCUAUAUGAGCUCAUCAAAUGCAUACUGGACCGGCAGCCGCAGGGAUACAAGAAGCCGAGGAUUGUGAAGGAGAUUGCCAACAAGCUGCGUGGAGUCAACGAAUCAAAGGGGCUGCGCAACUUGGGCGUCGGCUCCGUCUCGGAUGCCUUUGUCACGGGCCUGCUGUUGGAUGCUGCGACAGCGCAGCGGGAUUACUCUGCCGCAUACGAGUUUGCGCGGCAGCUGGGCAAUGCGCGCACAGUCUUGGACCAGGCGCUGAAGGCUGUUGAGGCGUACCGCUCAGCGCAGCUUUUGCAUGAGGCCAGGGUGGGGAUUGAGCGGCCGGUUGAAGUGCGGGCGGUGGAGCAGGCAUGGACCGCUUGUGUGCGCCUGGCUGAUGCCUGGGGUGAUAGCAGCGGUGUCGGCGAAAAGCGGCUGGAGGUGAUUUCGUUGGCACUUAGCUUGUGCCCAACUGGCAAGAUCCCGGAGCUGCUGAAGCUGUGGAACCAGGUCCAGACCGAUGUGCUGGACAGCAGGGCCGAUGUGCUGCUGCCAUGGGUAGAGUCUGCCUCAGCUGAGGCCAGCAUCUUGGAUGUCAUGGUUGGCAGCCAGCACGAAGUUGCUGAGGAUCAAGGGCAGCGGUCCGUGGCUGGCGAGUCGGUUGACUUUGAGAGCAUGCGCACAUUCGAUCCAGCGAUUAUCAAGAGCAGCUUGCGCCAGGCGUCCGAUUCUCAUACACGGUGUGGCCUGCUGAUGGAGUGGCUCGAGUUCGCCAUGACCACGGCCAAGGAGCCAAAGACCGACAAGGCAGCUGCCUACAAGGCACGGGUCGAAGCAGAGAUUGUCCAGAAGCACACCGCCAAGGCAUGCAAGGUUCUUGCAGACAAGGUGGUUUUGCAGCUCGACCAGACAAACUACUUUGCGAUGGAGACAUUUUAUGCUUUUCUUGCCAGGUGCCUUGAGCGCAACGGGGAUUCCGAGGGUGCCGAGCAGGCGGGGGUGCGCUCUGAACUGGCAAGAGGUAUCAGAAGGUGUUGAAGCGCUUGAUUCGCUAGAGUUCAGCAUGCUUAUCGGUUUGGUUACUGGGCCUCGCAUCGAGCUGGGUGAUGCGCUCAAUGUGCAUUCGGUCUCGGGUAUUGCUGGUCUGGUGCCGCUUUUUGUUCAGCUGCAACACCUGCCGGCUGUUGA